GCACUGAUCCCACAGGAGGAUGUGACAGGGCAGGCACACAGGUACAGCAGCCCUGGCUGGCACACUGAGGAGAAGAACAUGGAGCCGGGCUCCGCCUCUCGGCACUUCCGGACACACAGCGAUCGCAAAAUGGCCGCCGCGCCGAAUCCCUGACAUCUUCUCGGUGGGCUCUGACAUCCCCACCGCCCCCUCCUCCUCCAUUACAUCCUCCCUCUCCGACGGCCUGGCAGCCGAAGGUACGCUCUACAAGGCGCCGGCCACCCCUCCGGUCUCAGCCGGUAGACGAAGGCGAGUAGAAGCCGGGGAGCAGCUGUCAGUGUCAGACCAAGGUUGAAGAACUUCCAGUUAGUCACCAAAAAAGGCCCUUAUGCAUUUUAUGUGGCCAUCUGAAGACGGCGCCUGGUUAGAAGAUUUAGCUGAGUGCAAUAGUGUGAAUAUCCUCUGCGUAUAGUCCCACCAACACUGCCAUGUUCAGACGUCAGGACAUACCCGGAAUGCAUGUACGUGAAUUAUUUACCCACACCGGUCUUUCCGAUCCGUUUGUUCUGGAUGCGCAAAAUAUCAAGAAAAUGAUGCGUCCGGUUGCCAACAGCAACGUGGCUUUCUGUGCAGGCGGCAAAUCUUCCUGUCUCGGCCAAGAAAGCAUGAGAAGUGUGGAGCCGUUCGGCUUGUAUGCCACCCAGAGCAAAUACAGCCAUACUGUCAGCCACAAGACCAUCUCCUGCCAGACACAAGACACCAUAAACGAGGCACACUUGCAGACCACAGCCGGCAGGGACGCAGACACAAAAAGUGAUUUAAAGAAAAAGAAGACGCUAGGCCGAUCCGGCAAACGCGGCAGGCCAUCUGGGACCACCAAAUUGGCAGGUUACAGAACCAGCACUGGCAGACCUCUGGGGACCACCAAAGCUGCCGGCUUUAAGACAAGUCCUGGGAGACCAUUGGGCACAACCAAAGCUGCCGGAUACAAAGUCAGCCCAGGGAGACCUCCAGGUAGCAUAAAAGCUCUGUCACGGCUUGCAAAUCUAGGUUACACAAGUAACAAUGCAGCUUUCCCUUACCCCACAGCACUUAACAGAGGACUCCAUUCUGUUGUGGAUACCAACAUUAAACAUCCCGUUGAGUAGAAGUUACAAUUUAUGAAAAAAGCAGCAAGCCUUCAUGUGUUCCGGUGAUGCAUAGGACAAAAUGAUGAGGACUUAAAGUAAGAGGUGCACAUGUGUACAUUAUGGACUGUUUAAUCACGUCACAAGGAAAUGUAAUUACCCACCUCACAAUGCCGUCAUGCUAUCCCGUCAUUUCCCUCAUCUGGAUGUCUUCUAUGUUGUGUCACCUUCUGGCAGCUGAUUGGCGUCAAAGCAUUGCAAUAUUACAUUGCCUUCAGAGUAUUCCCUCCACUAAAAAGAAGUCUGCAGUUUAUUUUACUAUUUUAAUUGUGGUUCCAUGUUGUUUUCUUUUGUAAUAUAGCACCUCCGAUUGUGUUUUGUAAAAUGACACCUGCCAAGUGCUUUUGACCUGAUGUUAACUCACAAUGAAAUCUGUUACAACAGGGGGGGUGGGGAGGCAAAGGAGCGCAUAUUUGGAAUGAUGAACGUGUGACUUCUGUGAAUAUAAUUUUAUUGCAAUGUCGUAUUUUACAAUUAAAUAUUUAAAAAAACAACAAAAAAAAACUUUACAUUUUACUCAUGUAUGAGGCAAGGCCAAAUUUGCAAGAUUUGGGCGUAUAACCGUUCCGCUUUUUCAUUCCAAUUUUACAUGUGGUCUUAAGUUAUGAUGUCCUCAAUAAAGGGAAAAAAAAACUGAAAAAUUA